UUUCGAUGAAUCAACUGAGGGCAGUGGUCGUACACUGAACUGUUUAUCAUAGUUCUUGAACGUAUAGGGACGCUGUGUACCAGACUACACGUACACAUGUACUUCGAAAUCGCGUGUACCGUACCUGUAUGUUGAAUUGGAGUUGGAGAACACUUGGCUUGACGAGCAGUAAAGCAACUCUCAAGACAUAUCAGACUGCAGACAGGAUGUGUUCAAUAAUGGGGAAUUGGGCCAGCUGUUGAGUGCCCGGCAUCACUCACUUCAUUAUGUAUGGGCAGACGUGUGACAUCACGCCGAGGGAUUGCCCCUAUGAAGGUCCCCUGUCGAAUGGAUGGACUUAACCACAGGGCCGGCUGGUAACUUACGGGGAAGCAUUGGGCGCACUCAUCAUGAAAAGGCUGUGGGAAGUGGUGAGGGCUGUCAGUACUUGAACCGCUGCCAGAGGGUGAUCCUGUGAAAUAGAGACCUCUGUCUCAGUAGUAUAUUACUAGGAGGAGAGUUGUUCUCAUGAAUGAGGACAGUAUUCCAAAAUUAGAGUCAUCCGAAAGCUUUCCCAAGAUGCUGCUUGAUGCAAGAGGCUUCUUAUUUCCGUGAGCAUGUCAUGGCUUACCGGCACACUCUCCAAAUAAAUAACGUUCAUUUGACGAAUUGCAGUUUUUGGUGACGAUUUACACCAGUUGAACAUCUUCGGACUCAGUUUCACUGAUCUUUGACUGUAAGCUCUUAGUAUCAACCAAGCUUAGGGGAAACGUCUGUUGAGCCUGUCAUUCUGUUAGGGGCACUUUGAGGUUCCAUUAUGUAUUUCCUCUAUCUGCAUGCUGUUGUGGCUUUGCUGCUGAGUCUGAAAUCAUCAGCGCUGGUUUAUCAUGAGAGGACUUACUGCCUCAACCCCGCACAGGACACUUACAUUCAUGGGAGCAGAGCUUCACUCUUCCGGCAGGACUAUCUCGAAGUUGGCCGUCGGUCUGACGGACUGGACAGCCGUAUCCUCCUGAAGUUUGACCCGGCCGAAUUCCUGCAGCAAAGCCAGUGGGGGUUGGAGAGCAGCUUUGCCAAUUUGAACAGUUCAGUGGUCGGGAGCGUGACACUCAGAUUAUCGUGCGUGAAUGUCGUCGUAAGAACGAGCAUUUUCAGAGGAACAGUUCAGGUGUCCAGACUUCUGUUACCAUGGGACCAGACGGUAGUAACUGCAUCCAUCAGGACCCUCCAAGGUGGUGUUUGGUGGGUGGGAGGGAUCGAUACCAGUGGGCAGGACGCUACUGCCCCCUUUGUUCGAAAAGAAGAAACUGUAGACUACAGCACUUGCCAGAGCGGUGCAGUGCUGUCUUUAGACAUUGACCCUGGAAUCUUCCAGUCUUGGCUGGAGGAGCCACUGCUUAAUCACGGUCUUCUGGUAUGGGCCGAAAUGUCACCUGGAAUACAGUCUACACUUCGAUUGGCAUCUGUUGACAAUGGCCAAGUUGAGAAACAUCCUGAGCUCAUAGUCUCACUUCAAGACACCAUUGUUGACUCAGGAGUGUCUUGUCCCAGUGAGCAGUUUCAGUGUUUGGAUGGAAGUUGCAUCAAUCAAACCAAAGUCUGCAAUUUUGCUGAUGAUUGUCUGCAUGGCAACGAUGAAGCCACAUGUAGCAUUAAGUGUGAUUUUGAGUCUCCCUGCUCAUGGGAAAUGCCUCCAGUCUCUAGCGGGAUACCAGGAUGGGAGAUGCAUAGUGGUCCUACAGACACAGCUGGUACUGGACCGUCAGGCGGUCAGAGUGAUACAGGCAGUGAUGUGUCCAGUAGCUAUCUGUAUGUCGACGCAACCGGUAAAGAGAAGGGCACCCUCUCACUCCUCAUCAGUCCUCGGUACUCGGAGAGUGGUCCUCAGUGCAACCUUCAUUUCUUCUACCACAUGAGUGGCAGCGACGUGGGGACAUUACGAGUGAUUCUCAUCUUGGACAGGCGGAAUGUCACCGUCUGGGAGAAGAGAGGAAGCCAAGGAAAUUGGUGGCUAGGCGAUGUACUGGCCCUGGGGAGACUGAAGGAGCCGUUCCGUGUCAUGUUUGAGGCGGAGCAUGAAGGAGGUGGCGAGGCAGGUGACCUGGCGGUGGAUUCCGUGGAAUUGAAGGAUUGUUCCCCAGCUCUGCCAGUCAAGGAUUGCAUGUCUAGUUACUUCCACUGCAGCAAUUUGGUGUGCGUGCGGCCAGAUGAUGUGUGCAAUCUGCGGAAGGAUUGCCUAUUUGGGGAGGACGAGGAUGCAAAGCACUGUGGAGUGAUUCCCUUUGGAGGUGCUUGUUCCUUUGAGGAUGGUUGGUGUGGCUGGCACAACGUGAUCCAAGGUGACGAUUUCAACUGGACCAGACACAAUGGUAGCACGCGCACCUCCAACACCGGGCCGAGCUUUGAUCACACUCUGGGUACCAGUCAAGGUUUCUACGUGUACACUGAAGUGAGUGAUCUGUCACCAGGCAGCACAGCUUUUCUAAGAAGUGUUCUGUUCCCACCACCACCUGAAGAGACGUAUGACCCAGCCUCACCUCACUAUCGAACUUGUAAAGUGCGUUUCUUCUAUCACAUGUAUGGGAAUGACAUUGGUAUGUUGAAGCUGUUUGCCACCACGAAUACCAGCGAACGUAGCUAUCAGCUUUUCAGUGAGUCCUAUGAAAACAGUGACAUGUGGCAGGAUCACUCUACCCAUCUUCCGGUCAUAACAGAGAGUUACUACCUUCAGUUUGAGAGUACCCGAGGUCUUCGUUUCCGAGGUGAUAUGGCCCUGGAUGACAUUUCACUCAGCCGGCAGUGUUUUCAGCUGGAUGACCUGAGCUUUGGCACCGCGCCCCCUGCUUCGACAACCGAGGUCAGGUUAACUGCAACUUGGAGAUCCAGAUCUACCAAGUCCACAAGUCCAUCAUCCACACCCUUCUUGGAAGACCCCAUGGUGUUCCAGUUCAGCAACUGCGGCAGUAAGGGGGAGGCCGGCCCAAGCCAGACACAGUGCAAUGUGGCCUACCGCCACGAGAAUGUCUCGGUCUCUGUGGUGGACGGCAUCCAGAAGUGGCUGGUACCCACCACAAAAACUUACAGCAUAAAGGUCAAAGGAGCUGGUGGGGGAACCGGUGUGGAGAAUACCAGCCCUUCCCGUGGAGCCGACAUGGAAGCCAGUUUUAACUUGACAGCUGGGGACGAGCUCUUCAUUUUGGUGGGACAGGAGGGAGACGAUGCGUGUGAUGAUGGAGGAGAGACAGAUUUUGGUCCCAGCGGUUUCUGCAGCAGUGAACUGACUGAUGAGGACAGGAAGCGAUUUGGGGCAGCAGGGAACCUCGCUGGGGGUGGAGGAGGGGGCGGAGGUGGAUCGUUUGUUGCUAAGUGGGAUGAAUCUAGCAUGGAGUACAUUCCGUUGUUGAUAGCUGGUGGGGGAGGGGGUCUUGCAUUCAGCCCCAGUCUAUCCCUGGUUGGUGUUCACGGCUCAGCAGAUGUACCGGGACCUGGGCUUUCUGGCAGCCAGGGAUCAACCAACGAUGUUUCUGGAGCAGGAGGUGGUUGGAACACCACCGGGGCAAACGUGACCCAAGCCAGCGGCAAGUCCUUCCUGGAGGGAGGUCAGGGAGGUAGGGAGUGUGGCUUGGCUCGCCUGGAGGCUGACUGGAGGACCCACGGAGGGUUUGGUGGAGGGGGAGGAGGCUGUACAUCAGGCGGAGGGGGUGGUGGCUAUUCAGGUGGAGAUGCCCCAUUGAUCAAGGAUCUGUAUGGGAAUGGCCAGGGUGGAACAUCUUAUGUGCACCCAUCUGGUUUUGAUGUCAAGAAGAAGUCAGGAGCUAACUUGGGAGCUGGGGAAGUAGUCAUCACAGCCCUCCCUACCUGUGGAGCUAGGACAAGGAUGAGUGAAGAUAGAAAGACUUGUAUCAGUAUUCCUCCGGAUCGUCUACCAUCAGCUGUCAUUGUUGGCAGUAUUGUACCAGUGCUCAUUGCUAUCCUCUGUGCAAUUGCAAUCAUCGCACUGCUUUACUACCGAAAGAGAAAGAAACCCAGGGAGGCUACGGAAAGUUUACCAAUGGAGUCAGCGGACUACCAGCUGAAUCAGCUGCGACACAAUGCCUCAAUGGACUUCAACCCCUGCUACCAGCUGGGUGAUGGGGCAGUCACUGUCAAAGAUCUGAAGGAGGUACCUAGGGAGAAUUUGAAAUUGAUCAGAGCCUUGGGCCAGGGAGCCUUUGGUGAGGUUUACCAUGGUGUCUUCCAGCCUGCAGACGAGAAAGAACCAUUUGAAGUAGCAGUGAAGACUUUGCCUGAGCGGAGUACCGAGCAAGAUGAGUCAGACUUCCUGAUGGAGGCCCUGAUCAUGGGCAACUUUGACCACCCCUACAUUGUCUCGCUGAAAGGGGUGUGCUUCACUCAGGCUCCCCGCUUCAUCCUGUUGGAGUACAUGGCCGGCGGGGAACUCAAGCAGUUCCUCAGGGAGUCCAGACCCCGACGGGGCCACCCCUCACUGCUAGACAUGUCAGACCUGCUGAUGGCUGCUUACGACGUGUCCAAAGCUUGCGAUUACCUGGAAUCCCAGCGCUUCAUUCACAGGGACAUCGCAGCCCGGAACGUCCUACUCAGCAGCAAGGAGAAAGGACGAAUCGCCAAGAUUGGUGACUUUGGAAUGGCAAGGGACAUCUACAGAGCUGACUACUACAGGAAGGGAGGCCAGGCUAUGCUGCCAGUCAAAUGGAUGCCACCAGAAGCCUUCCUGGAUGGAAUCUUCACCUCCAAAACUGAUGUCUGGUCAUUUGGAGUGUUGCUAUGGGAGAUCAUGUCCCUUGGUUACAUGCCGUAUCCAGGAAUGAGCAACCAGGAGGUCAUCUACUUCACCACUCAGGGACAGAGGAUGAACGCACCUCGCAACUGUCCCAGACCAAUACAAGAGUUGAUGUACCAGUGUUGGCAGCGGGACCCAGGUGACAGACCAAGCUUCUGCUUCAUCUUGCAGUUCCUGUCAGAUUGUUUGCAGGAUCCAGGCAUCCUAAGUGCACCUCUACCCCAGGAAUUGGUAGACGACAAAACCCCCACAGUAACGAGACCCCGCAACUCUAAGACCUCCCCCGUCCUCAAAGUGCACAGGUCCAGCGCCCAGUCCUUCGACACAGCUGGGGCCCAUGCCAAUGUCGAACAGGGGGUGGUUAGCUCAGCCAAGGAGGAUGACGAGGAGUAUCUGACUCCUGACUGGGUCCCAGGAGGACGGAUGAAAGAGCACCUCAUCUCUGAUGAUGGGAACAUCAACAAUUCGGCGGAUGAUCAUGAAGCUUGUGCGAGGAUGCCUGCCGAGGAACUCAACCAUGAAUCUGUCGACAAGCUGAAGAGGCGACGCAAGACAAAGGAGGGAAACGGCAAACCCAGACCAGACUCAGAUACCUCAUUUGACCCACCAAUUAAUCAGGACAAAUGUGCAAACGAGGCCACAGACCUCCUAGACAGAGGUGAGGAGGUAACCGCUGAAACGUCCUUCACGAGAUCCACAACGCCAAGAAACUCAGCAAAAGUUUCCCCUCUUGAUUUCAGUAGACUGGUCAAUCAGUCCUCUCGUGAUUACUCACCGGACAGAGCCACUCAUGUGGAGACAGACAACAGGCCGUGCCAGCCAGGGACAAAAUGCUCAAUACUGAGGAACUCACACAGGGCAGCUGCUCAGGAUGUCAGCAGACUGGCCCAGCAGUCUCUCCAAGACCCACCACAACCAGAAGACCUUGAUGCCACUCAGGAUCUCUGCAUCAGCAGCAGGGCCAAGCAGCAGUCAACAGCACCAAGUAGAGAUCCUGCCACCAGUGGCCCCAGUGCUGCUGGAGAUGAGGCGCUGCCCUCCGCCUCCUUCACGCCACGGAUCCUCAACCGCUUUCGUCUGCCUGUCUUCUCUCGCCACAGCAGCUGGGAGGUGCCCAACGCCUCCGCCUCUGCGACCUCUUCAGUGACCCCCAACAGUUCAUUGCCCAUGUUGAACAGGAUGCAGAGCCUCCCGGUCAGGCCCAACCCUUACACCAUGACGGAUCUCUCCAACCAGACCAGUCAAGCCAGCAGCACGCCAGACACCAGCAAUGUGAUCAUCGGUGCCAGCAGCGGCAGCAGUAACAACCUCUAUGAUGCUGCCAGCAGGAGGGUCAUGUUCAACUCCACUUCGGGUCAAGUUGUGUUUGAGGAUGAUGAGAUAAAUGGUGAAGUUGUUUGAAUGGGGCCAAGACGCAUCACUAAUAAAAAGACGCAGAGUUUAAAAAGGUGUUUGUUUUUAGAGAAGUAUUACUCAAAGUCUUCAAUUUAAUUUUUGGUACACAUGUUGAAUGUGGAGAGUUGGCAUCGAGGAAGAAACACAAUUAUCCAGGCCAACCCAGGCGGCUGGCUGACCAAAGCCCACACACACUAUCAUUCACCACAUCCACUCAAAUGUCCCUGAAUGUGCAGUAUACAGUCCAUAACCUACAGAGACAUCCUAGUUUAACAGAAAGAAAAAAAUAGUUGACAACUCUCAUUAAACAAUUACCAUUUCCAGUUGAAUUUGUCCUCACUGCCAAAACACCUCAAGACCUGUGUAAUCACCAUCCCUUGGCCCAUGCAGGCAGACCUCACGCAGCCAUGCCACAUGUAUGUAUGUAUGCUACCGAUACAUGGGACACAAAAUCCUAGAGCCCUUCAUCACAGUGCUCCCUUCAAUCAACUUCCAAAUAACACCUUUUAAAAAUUCUUUGUCUCCUCCAAUCUGCCAUCAAACUACCCUAUAAUCACAAGCGGAUAAAAUAAUGGCAAUAAACAAAUUUACAAAUAUUCCAUUAAGUGGUGAAAUAAAGCAAUGCAAAUUACAACCAAAAAAUGGAAACAGUUACUUAUGGAAAUUGGCAGGCGCUGCCGUGUAGCCCACGCCGUCUAAGAGAGAUAUAUAUAACAUGUAUAUAACAAUGUGUAUACAUUGUCUAUCAUGUUGUAACCAGAGAUAAUUGACAAAAACAAAGCAAGUAUAAUAUGUAGAAAAUCUGAAAAUGGGUAAUUAAAAAAUCACAAAAUUGUAGCCCUAAUUUCAUCACUUGGAACCUCCCUACAUGAACACACGACUCACUUCAAUAGAUUGUCGUCAACUGCAAGUGAGGUGGUUAAAGCCACUUUGUUAGGUUCCCCUACAUCUACAAGUAAUACACAUUUGAGUGCAUCUUGGAUUCUCUGUCUUUAAGCUGCUGUGAAGGUACAAAUACAGAUCAGCUCAGCUAACUUUGGCUAACUCUGUUUAGGUACCUUCUGGCAAUGAACAUUUGACACUACUUUGGGUUGCCAUUUUCUGCAUUAAUUGGGAAAAUACUCAAGUUCAAAUGUUGGUAAAGGAACACAGUGUAUGCUUAGCUUUUUGUUUAUUCAGUUGGCAUGCUUUGUACAAUUUUCUGUCAUUCAUACAAGAGGUUUGACAGUGGUAGUCUUGCAGAUGUCUUUGUGUAGGGGAGAGUUUCAAUCUGCAAAGUUUGGCCAAGCUUUGGAAACCCCCCCCCCCGGAGUCCCUACAAUGUUUUUGUUCCCCUUCCCCCAAAUUUCCUUCAUGUGUGACAAAAGGAUACAGGCCUAUUGAAGCAGCAGUAUUUGGCUGCUUUGCUGAUUGGAAUUUGAUCUGGAAGGGGGGGGUGAAGUCAUUUGAAUGUUUCUAGUUGCAGCUGUUAUGAAUUGUAAAUAUUUCAAAAAAGAUAUUCCAUACUAUUCCAUAGCAUUAUUGCAGAUAUUUAAAAACAAUUCAUCAUUGACAAUCAGAAAAUAUCUAAGAAAAAUGUUUAUGAAAUGUAAAAUUCUUACAGCAUUAUAUUCAUUUCAGCGAUAUUGCCAACAGUUUGCUCUUGUUGGGAGAGGAAUUUUAUUUUUUGAAAAGCUGUUUAAAAUUUGCUUUUGAAAUAAAAUGAUGUCAUUGUAAAUCCAAUAUUUCCAAGCUUAUAACUAUUCUUGCAUGAAUGGUAACUGUACAGGAUAUCAGUAUUUGUUAAGGUAAUAAUCAUACACAUUCCAUCGCUGUAGCAAAAAUUCCUCCAAACAGAUUCAUGUAAUAAAGUUGGCAAAUAACUGGUAUCUUUUAUAUAACACUUUGAAAUUAAAAUGUAUGGAAAAACAGUAGGUAUGCAGAGAGUUUAUUGGGAAUUUCGAAUGGCAGAUCCACAAACAUGAAAGCUGACGAUUUCAGAUUUCUGUUUGUUUUGUUAUUAUUAUUAUUUCACGCCAGUGAAGCCGAAGGGACGUUUUAAUUCAACUCCUAGGAUUCCCUAGUUGUUUCACUAUCACAGAUUCUGCACCACUUAUACCCAUGGACACUUAUCAAAUCAAAAAAUCCUAUUACUAUUCCACCUGGCUGGAAUACUUUUCCUCCCAGGGGGAUUACUAUGCCACCUUGGUCCAUUACUAUACUACUUAGGGAUAGCUGUCCCACACAGGUGGAAUACUAUUCCUCCCAGGGGGAUUACUAUGCCACCUUGGUCCAUUACUAUACUACUUGGGGAUAGCUGUCCCACACAGGUGGAAUACUAUUCCUCCCAGGGGGAUUACUAUGCCACCUUGGUCCAUUACUAUACUACUUGGGGAUUACUGUCCCACACAGGUGGAAUACUAUUCCUCCCAGGGGGAUUACUGUUCCUACCUGUGCAGAUAGUAACUUGCCCCUGGUUGCUGCUUCGUUUUCUUUUCAACUUGUAGGCAAAGUGCCCGCCGAGGAACCCAACCACUAAUCUGUUGACAAGCUGACAAAGUGAUGAGGAGGAAAAACUGGCAAACCCAGACCAGACUUGUUGACUUUCAAGUGCCUUUGUUGAGUCUUUCUUUAAUGGAAAUGGAAACCUGGCAUAUGAUAACAAAACAUACCAUGGCGUUUGCAUUUUUAAGUGGCCUUUCUCAGAUGUGUGUUGUUGAGGAUCAGUUCUUUCCCAAAAUCUGUCAGUUACAUUGUCACUUUCCUCCAUUGUUGCCGGGAAAUAUUUCACUGAUUUAUCGGUACUUUCAGUGGUUACACCACUGCAUUGUAUUUUUCCCAAUUUUUGAAGACUUCUUUUUUCUUAUGUUCUUGAAGUGCUGUAAUUGUGAAAGCAUUAUGUUUUUUAUGUAACAACUGUUAGUGCCUCACUCUUUUUUUCCUUGUACUUCACAAUGCAGAAAAUAGAAUUAACUUUAAAAGCAGAGUGCAAAAAGUGUACAUAGUUUCAUUUUGAAAAAUGAGUGAAUACAAAUUAUGCAAUUACACGAUGCAUUGACUUUUAUAUGCUGUAUGUAAUACAAAUUAUAUAAUGUUAUGCAAUUAUAGUCUUUGUAUUUUAGCAAAGUGGGGUUUAAUGUUUGUGCAAAUGUAUAAUUAAAGAAAAAAUUACUGCAAUAGUAGACUAGUGGAUUGGAUUUUGGCUGCUCGUUGCACCUGAUUUAUAAAUACAAGGCAUUUUUUUCAAUUAGUUAUGCUGCAAGUUUCUGCUUUGCCAGCUGUGUCAUUCUCCAUGUAAACUACAGUGUGAAUAUGUU